CCUCAUUAAAUUUUCAUGAGGUUUCUCACGUUAUGAUGCUAUGCCAUACAUUCAUAUUAUUUUUAAAUAAUAAAAAAUUUGCACAUAUAAAGGUGCUGCUGUAGUGAUAUUUUUAUAUAAGAAUUUGUUUUAUCCUCACUUGGCAUUUUUAAGAGCUAGCUAGCCAUCAGCCAAGCCUCAAACCACAAAGGGAGGAGAGAUGGAAGUGGAGAAAGGCACAGUUUGUGUAACUGGUGGAACGGGCUAUGUAGCAUCAUGGCUUGUCAUGAAGCUUCUCCAGCGAGGUUACACCGUCAGAGCUACUAUUAGAUCCGACCCAGAAAACAAGAAAGACAUCAGCUAUAUCACCAACCUACCAGGAGCAGCAGACAGAUUAAAAAUUUUCAGUGCAGAUCUCAACCAGCCAGAGUGUUUCAAAGCGGCCAUUGAAGGUUGUAUUGGAGUUUUCCAUGUGGCUCACCCAAUGGAUCCUUAUGGAAAAGAACCAGAGGAAAGUGUGACCAAAAUAGCCGUGGAAGGAUUGCUAGGAAUAUUAAGGGCAUGCUUGAAAUCAAAGACAGUGAAAAGAGUUGUUUACACUUCCUCUGCAGUCUCAAUAAUGUAUAAUGACAAGGGUUUAAAUGUAACGGAUGAAAACACAUGGAGUGACCUCGAUAUUUGCAGAAAAAACAAAUCUGUAAGCACUUCAUAUCUAGUUUCCAAGACUGUUACGGAAAAAAUGGCCCUGGAUUUCGCAGCAAAACAUGGCUUGGAUCUUGUGACUAUAGUUCUGCCUUUAGUUGUUGGACCCUUCAUUUGUCCUUAUAUACCCAGCUCCGUCUACUUGGCCCUCGCUGUGGUCUUUGGGAAUCAGGAGAAAUAUAAAGAUUUUAAUAAUUUCUAUAUGGUGCACACUGAUGAUGCGGCCAGUGCUCACAUAUUUCUUCUUGAAGAUCCUAAUGCAAAAGGGAGAUACAUUUGUUCCUAUCUUCAAAUGACCACUCGUUCUUUGGUCCAAUUUCUUUCUGCAAAAUUCCAGGAAUUUCAAAUACCGGCCAUGAAUAACGUGAAGGAGAAUGAAGAUUCUAGACUAUCUAAUCUCUCAUCAAUGAAACUCUUGGACUUGGGGUUCAAGUUUGGGUUUGGUCUUGAAGAUAUGUUCGGUGGAGCUAUUCAGUGCUGCAGAGACAAGGGCUUUCUUGAUCAAAUAGUGUCUGAAAAAGCAGAGGUAAGCCCUGAAAAAGAAUGGGCAGACAAAAGCCACUAACAUAGGCGGCGACUAUGGCUUUUGCCCACCUGAAUCCUUCACUCCGAUACCCAAUUUAUCUGUUGAUAGAUUUUCUUCGUAGCAGAGCAUGUAAAUUCUAAAAAAAAAUUGAUCUCUGCGUUACAAUACAACUGCUAAAUAAAUAUUAUUUUUUUCCCUCAAAAGAGAAAGAGAGGGACUCAA